AUUAACAUUCAUGCAUAAAUAGCAUUGUCAUAUAUCCAACAACAAACACUAGAAAAUUAAACAAUGGAGACAACAGUGCAACCCUACAUGAGUAUCCUCUUCCUCACCCUCCUCAACUUCUCCACCUUUCUUCAUCCUUCUCUCUCGGAUGAUCCGUUCUGCAAUCCUGAGGACAAGAAAACUCUCCUCAGGUUCAAGAAAUCCUUCACCAAUAGUCAAUACAUCCUUCUCUCCUGGGACCCAAUAACCGACUGCUGCAACUGGAACCAUGUCGACUGCGGAGACACCAACCGUAUCACCUCCCUCAGAUUCGUCGGCUACAACCUCUCCGGACAAAUCCCGCCCCAAAUCGGCAACCUUCCGUUCCUCGAAACCAUCAACUUCGACAACGUCCCCGGUCUCCUGGGACCAAUCGCCCCCUCCAUCGCCAAUCUCACGAAACUCCGCUAUCUUAUCAUAACACGGACAAACGUCUCCGGUCCUAUACCAGAAUUCAUCGGCAGCCUCAAGAAAAUCGAGUUCAUCAACCUUUCCUACAACCGUCUCACCGGGCAGAUCCCGAAAUCUAUCGGUUACCUGCCGAAACUAGGCGGGCUCCGCCUCGAUUAUAACACACUCACGGGAUCAAUCCCCGAGUCCUUCGGAGAUUUUAAGAAAGAGGACUUUUAUCUCUACAUGUCACACAACAAGUUGUCCGGGAAAAUUCCUCUCUCAAUGGAGAAAAAGGACUUCACCUACAUAGACCUUUCGGAGAAUAGGCUCGAGGGAGAUGUGGUGCCGUUGUUCCGGUCGAAAAAGAAGAUGGAGCUCGUCGACCUGUCGGGGAACUUGCUGCGGUUCGAUUUGUCGAAGGUGGAGUUUCCUUCGUCUUUGGUCUCCUUAGAUCUCAGCGAGAACAAGGUGUUCGGGAUUCUGCCGGAGCAACUGACUGAGCUGACCGGUUUGAAGAGCUUCAAUGUGAGUUACAACAAACUCUGCGGGAAGAUUCCGGUCGGCGGGAACUUGCAGAAGUUCGGAGAGUCGGCAUACUUCCACAAUUGUUGCUUGUGCGGGUCACCUCUGGAAAGCUGCUUGUCGCUUGCGAAAAUCCUUACCUUUGGUUUAUGUCUGAUCGAAUGUAUUUUGUCUAGAUAUGAGCCUUUCUGAAGUAAUUAUAAUCGGGAUAUAAUUGUGUUGAAGUUAAUGCAUGUUUGAAAGGAAAAUAUUAUAUAUACUGUAGUUGAUUAUGUCAAUGUUAAAUAUCGUGAAAAUUAGGGUUUAAUUGUAGAUUUCAAAUGAACAAUAGUUUAUAAUUUGGAGGUGUAACAUGUGAGGUGCGCGGAAAGAGAGAAAAAAAAAAAAAAAAACCCAUGU